CGCCUCGUUCGAUUUCCGAACGAAAGCCCGCGAACGGGAAGGCGGGAAACGUUUUGAAAUUGUUUAUGGUUUCCUUUUUUAUUUUUAACGCGUUUUGUUUUUAAAUUUUAUUGGCUGUUAAAAAGUUUCGUGUUAAAUAGUAAUUAAAUUUAAAUGUUAAAAAUUGUGCCAAUCUUUAGUGUUUUCGAGAUAAAACUCGUGCAAAAAUAACUAAUCAGUAAGGUCAGAGAUCUCCGCUGUUUCGUUCGGUCCGAUAACGGGUGCAAAUGUCUUAAAAGACAGAGUUGCUCGUAACUGCGCGCGAAGCACACGGUUACUGGAAAUAAGUAAACAAACAGUGAAUCAUUAAGCGGUUAUCAAUGCAGGAUGGCGUGUCAGGCCGCGAGUUGGAUUCCGAACGCCGUCGCGACAAUACUGCGUGCCGACAGCACGGCACAGCCAAUAAUCGCUUGGUUAACAACUAUACGCGAUUCUACGGAAGAAUACGACCCUUUAAUGACUGUGAAAACGGAUUUAUCGGACUCGGAAGAUUCGGAAUCCACCACAACUACAACACCGGAUAGCGCGUUCGAUGAAAUACUCUCGCAGUUAGGAAAAGAAAUUUAUAAAUUAGACGAAUAUCAGAAGAUUUUAGGUCCAGAGGAACAGGAAGUGUCUCUAAGCAUUUUGAAUAUUUUUGACGAGUGUUUGGAAGGAUUCGAAAAUGGUUUCGAAGUGAAGGAAGUGGGAAACGGUUUUGAAGUGACUCCGGUACAAAUAAGUGCGCCGAGUGAAAACCGUGAUGUUCCAGUGAAAGAAAACGGCGUAGCCAAGGCCAAGGAAAACGGCGACGAGUGUAGCGAUUGUGAAUCGACUUUAUCUGACAUCUCUUUCGUUACUAGCACGCCGGCUAAGUGUGAGAAAGUGAAUGUUGUAAACACUAUUUUUUAUCAAGGUGAAGGCACGCCGGUGCCGCCGAGGCGGUCUAGGUUAAAAACGCCGUCGUCUAGUUCGUCUUGUUAUGACAAUAUGGAAUUGAAGACUAGUGUAAACAAUGGGAUUAAGCGAGAUAGCGACAGCGAUUCAGAGAGUACAUGUUGGAGUUAUAAAGAAUGCAGCGACGCGGACGAUCCUAAAGACAGGUACGCUACCGUCUGGUCCCAGUCAACGGGGUUUCAUAAUUCCGAUGAGAUUUUAAGAAGGGUUUUAUCGCAGAACCACGCGACUAUAUCGCGAUUGUCUUUCGAUACGGCCAGUGACUUCACGCCGACGCAAUACUCGGUGUACGCGCUGCAAGAGGUGGGAGACAGGUGCGCAGUCGACGCCAUGACGCCGGACAAGCCUGACGACGGCGGCUACGAGCCCGUCCGCGACGCGAUCACCAUCGACGAGAACAUUUACGAGGAGAUCGAGUACGGAUACAGUUUUACGGACGAGGGUUGCUCUUGUGGCGGCAGUGUUGAAGUUGAAAGCUGUUCCAUCAGUGCCAGCUCCGAAGGAGUCGGAAGAGACAGUCCUGUGUACGCGAAUUUAACAGACAAUGACGCCUAUGCGGUCACCGCAGACGUCCUAUACUGGAGAAACGUUUUGCUUCUAGACCCAUAUUACAACGAAGACGAAGAAGAUGAGUGGAUCAGCCCAGAGAAAUCCGUGGAGUAUUCCCGAGAGAUUCGACCACCGUUGGUCAUCCCUCGCAUCACGCAGUACCGUGCGCCGAGGAGAGAUACUCGCACCGUCGCCUCCAACUAUGAGGAGUGCACCGAAUCGAAGCCAGUGACAGUGAAGUCGUCAGUGCGUCAGUAUGAGCGCCUGCAGGACUGGAACUUCGAGCCGCGGCGCUUGGACGACCGCUAUGGAGUCGCCGGCAGCCCUCCCUUCCAGAGGCUACAUAAAAAGAUGAGCGGUUCCUCCGAGAAUCUCUUAGCCGCUCGUCGCCCAGUCCACCUGCCGCUCCCCGCCUCCUCAGCCUCCUCAGGAGACAGCCUGGACGUGGAGGUCAGGGGAGGGUCCGGGUACGGACGGGCCAGGAAGUCCAAGAGCCUGGUGCCUUCGAAGAGGGGGCUGCGGUCCCCGGUGCCGGCGCCGAGGACCGUGCUGCCGGAGACCAUGAUGAUUAAUGAUGGGUUUACUGUAAUCCACGAAGGACCGGUGAAGCGCACGAAAUACUUCGAGGGCGGCAAGAAAAGUAAGAAGAACUGGGUGGACUGCUACAUGGUGCUGACACCUUCGGCGCUGCUCAGCUACAAGGAUCUCAGGACGUAUCAGGCUUCGAAGAUGCAGAAACCUCCAGGCACGCCGCCAAGUCCCACCGCGCCGCGUCCGGAACUCAUCCUCCCUCUCAAGAACGCACACGUCAUACAAUGCGUACAGACACAGACUAGGAGGUACACAAAAUCAAUCGAGUUGACGGUUAGCCACGACCGCUUCCUACUCCAAGACGACAGCGAAGAUGGCGCCAAACGGUGGCUCAGGGAGAUACAAAAUGUCAUAUACAAACUUGGCCCACCCACCGAUGACAACCUCUCAAUCAUGAACCAAAGCAGCAACACGGACCUGGAGAGCCUGGGCCGCACGCCGCCGGCCUCCAGACACUCCAACAGAAGCAAACAGAAAGCCGGCGGGAGCAGUAACGAAGAUCUCAGCGAUUGCACAGAGCCACCGAACAAAAGUCACGUCAGAAGCAGACUUAAGAAGUUCUUUCUCAAACGGCCGUCCAUGGAGCAACUUGUCAAAAAAGGGAUCUACAAAGAUGAGCCUGUCUUCGGCCGCAAUCUCUCCGAGGUGGUGCCGGCAGACGCGAAUCCGCGCGUGCCGCCGUUCGUGGUCGCCUGCAUCAAAGAGAUCGAGAGCAAUGAGGAGAACAUGUGCACCGACGGGCUUUACAGGGCCAGUGGGAACCUGAGCCAGGUGCAGAAGAUACGGCUGGACAUCGAUCAGAACAAGCUGUCUUCGAUCGAGGACAACGCUGAUAUACACGUGCUGACCGGAUCGUUGAAGCUCUUCUUCAGGGAGUUGAAGGAGCCGCUGAUACCCUGCAACAUGUUCGACAGGGUGCUUGCAGCUUGCUCAAUAAAACCAAGAGACGCGAAAAUCAAAGAGUUCCGUGAUAUAGUGAACUCACUACCGCCGUGCAACCGCGACACACUGAAAUAUCUUCUAGAACAUCUAUUAAGAGUAACAAAGUACAGCGAGCGUAACCGAAUGCACACCGCCAACCUCGCAAUAGUCUUCGGCCCCACGUUACUCUGGGCCCCCGCCGAGCAGGCCCACAACAUCGCGAUAGACUGCAUCCAGCAGAACAACGUCGUCGACACACUCCUCACCGAGUUCAAUGAUAUCUUCGAAGAAGGCAAGGGUAGGAGGAAGUCGUGACUCGGACUUUAUAAGAGACGAGUCUGAAAGCCCUUUGGAUUUUAGAUGGUGGGACUAUGUUUCUAGCUAUGCAGAUCAGUGACCGAAAAAGAAUUUUAGCCUCUGACGCAAGAUGAUGCCUCUCGGCCCUAUUCUGCGCCACAUCACGCCAGUUGGGUACUCCGAUGAGGGGACCGAUUUUUGAAUUUCAAACGCUCGAUUUCGUCGGAAUACGGCGAAUUGAUAUUUUUUUUAAAUACAAGCAAUAGAAGUUGGGAAACUAGUGAUAUUGACCACUCGUUUUCAAUUCUAUUAGUAGAAUUUUAAUGCCUAGUAGUGACGAUAUGUUGAAUCCACACGAAAUCGAGCGAAUUCCAUAAAUCAGCCCCUGAUCUUUUAGGGCUUCGUCACUCCAUCGGUAUAUAAAAUGCAGAUAGUGCGUCUGAAAUGAAAAAUUCUGAAGGGCUUGAUGGUCAGUUUGAACUAAAGAGACUUUCUUUGAAGUAAAAAUACUAGGCCCUCAUAGAUAGUAGGAUCUUGGAAGUCCUGCAAAAUCUAUGUGAUAUGGACUGAAGUGGGCUAUAUUAUUAAUGCUUUAGGUCAACGUGCCAAAUGUUGAUGACCAAAACGAUUGAUCAAGUUGACGUUAUGGCUAAUUUGUGAUUAAUUUACUUUUGAAUUCUUUACCGAUUAUCAAAUUGGGAAACCGGACUUAAUCGCGUAUUUAAGUUUUGAGAUUUAAAUACCCAAUUAAGUCCCGUUUUACAAUUUAAUGAUGCGUUAAAAUCGUGAAAGUUUAAAUCAGUCUUUAUCGAUAAUUUGCCGUCCAACGUAAAAUUUAAUUGCCAAAAUUGAUGGAUAUUUUUGAAUACAUGUUAUGAAAUAAAUGAAAUACAAGUAAUUACAUCGAGUGUUUAUACAAAAAUAAUUUAUCAAAUUAAUUAUUUGCUUAUUGUAAUAAAUAUAUAAUUAAUUCGUACAAACAUAAUAUUAUACGCCGUAGAUUUUUUCAUGAGUUAGUCACAACGUCAUAUUUAUUUAUGAAUUAAAUAUAUCUAGUUGAUGUAAUAUCAAUAGUGUGGACUUUAUAUUGUAACAUAUUUCAUGCAUGUAGAAAACUAUUUAGUCUAAACAUGUAUAUAGAUGUGAUACGUAAUUAUUUACUGAGAACUAGAUAUUGGCCUUGUUAAAUAACUAAAUUAUUGAUACGCUAAAACUAAAAUAGAUCAACUUUGUGUAGAUCCAUUAAAAUUGAUAGAAAAUUCAAUUGAUCUCCGCUUAAAAAAAUCUUUGAUAUAACAGGUAUAGGUAUUACAAUCAACGGGACAUAAGCGUCUAUCCUUUUUCAAUUAGACUGAUGGAAAAGAGAUAGAAUAUUCAGUUCCUGGAUAACACAGUACGUAAUCAGAUUCACGAAAAGUAUAGUUUUGUAUAAUGUUAUACGAAAGUUAAAGGAACAAAAAUAUAUUAUAUCAUAUAUGGAAUGUAAAUUUAUUAGUAACAAGUAUUAAAAUUACUGAAUAUAAAUUUCUACUAAGGUGUGGUAAAUAAUGUAUCUAUUGCUGCCGAUGUAGUGUUGUGAUCACCAAGAAAUUAUGUUUCAAAGACUGUGGGACUUGAAAAUAUAAUAUACGGAACAGUUUAAUUUCACAUAAACAUGUAUUUUUGGGUAAUCUUGUAAAUAGCCCCCAUUAUUAUAUUUAGAGCUAGUGGUAAACAGAUUUUUUUUUCACGGUAAAUAUGCCUAAGUACCGUCGUCCGGGGUGAGUAGGGACGGCUGGGGUGAAUAGGAACAAAAUUUUAAAUGUCAUUUACCUGACAAUUUCUUUAAAAAAUACCUUCACAAAUUGUACCAUUCGAUUGAAAACAAUAGAAGAUUUUGUAUAAUACAAUUUGUGUGGCUAUUUUUUAAGAAAUCGUCAGGUAAAUCACUUUUUUAGUUUCGUCCCUAUUCACCCCGGUUGGCGGUAUUUUCUUACAUUGCUCGUCGUUUGUUUUUAAAUUAUGAUUUUAAUUUAAUAAAAAACAUAAAAUGCUGGAAUAGGUCUUAAAUGACGUAGGUAAGGACUUAAUUCGCCUAAAAUUGAUCUUUCCUUUAAAUAAAUAAGGGUCAGUAAAAUCUUACAUUUGUAAACAUAAGAAUGUUUUUAAUUAUAAGAAAAUAAGUUUACAAAUUAUCAUAAAUAGUAUUACACAUACAAAUACAAUACAAAUAUUCUCUAUUUCUCACCAAUAAUAAUUGAAUCAAUACAUAUUAAGCAUAUAACUUAAACUAUGGUAGACAACAGGCGGUCUUAUCGCUAAAGAGCGAUCUCUUCCAGCUAACCUUCAUACUUAUUUUGGUUGAUUUAUUUUCGUACCACUAGCUCUUAGUGUAUUUAUAGUCAAAGUCAUAAAUAUUUAUACAUUUCUUCAGCUUAAUUUAAAUAUUUAUUAAGCGUAAAAUGUAUAUCUAUAUAUUUAUGGCCUUGGCUGUAUUAGUUGUAGGCUUGAAGCCAAUAUGUAUCGUGUGCCUUAAGCUGCAUAUGUAUAUAUUCAUCUUGGAUGAAAACUUAUGUGAUAAAAGGUGUGUUGUUGUAUAUCCAAUUUAUUUGGGAAGGUUAUAUUAUAACCCUCUUGUUAACCCUUCAGUUUAGGGGAGAGAAAGUGUUAACUAGUCUAUGUCAUUUAGAGUAAAAGAAGUAUACUUACUCCGUUUCAAAUAAUGUCAAAAAGUAGAUUGAUCUGUGUAAAAUUGUCCUAUAAAAAAAAGUUGAUACCAGUGGUAUUACGUUGUUUUUUGAUGUUUCUUCGUGUUAUAAUGCAUAUUUUUCAAUAUCACAAAAUAUGUUUGUAUAUUUAUCCGUCAUAUUUAUACUAUAAUUAUAUUAUCCGUCAUAGUAUGACAUGUCUUGUAUUUCUUUGUUUUUCGCUGGACACAGAUCAUAGGUUCGUCGCAUGUAUAAUUUUCAAUUAUUUGAAACGGAGUAUAUAAAUAAAAUAGCCUUCUUUAAACUUUUUUGUUUUAUUUAGGAAAAAAUAUUGAUCCUUUUACGUUACAAUUUUAAAAGUAAAUAAAAGUGUAACUUUUCACCGUGUAUUUGAAAAUAGGUUUAGCAUUUUAAAAUUCAAAUUUAAUUUUUAUUUUAUCCUUUAUUGUACUGGUUUUUGAAGCAUUAAGGAUCAAAGUUGUAAAUAAGUGUCAAUUUAUUAGUUUAACAGUAAUCUGUUCUUUUGUGGACUGAAACUGUCAUGUAUAUUAUACUGUAUACUAAACUGUAUACUGUAUAUUAAACUGUCAUGUAUGUAUACUGUUAUGUAUGUAUGUAUAUUAUAUAUUUAAGGAUAUUUGUCGAGUGAUUGUGUAUCUGAAAUACUCAGAAAUGUAACACCAAUGUAGAUCGAAUACUGAAGUUAAGCUAGGUACCAAAGUUUUAUAUUUUCGGCCGAUAGGUAUAAUAUAUGACUAUAUUGACUAUGUUAGAAAGCCAAUGCUUGAUAGAGAACGAAGUUACAUAAAAUAAAAAUUCACCUAUUUUA